ACUGCGGCGGCAGUGGCGGCCACCGCGGCGGCGCUCUAGCCGAGGCAUGUCUGCGUCUCUACUGCUCUGGGAGGAGGAAGAGAAGGAGGAAGAGGAGGAGGAGGGGGAGGAAGAGGAGAAAGGCGCAGGGGUGGGAGCAGUUGUCGAAUCUGCUACAGCAAAAGUUCUCCCCCCUCCUCCCUUCCCCUCUUCUCAAGGUCCCUAGAAAGGUUGGAGCUGCUGCCGUCUACAGUCGGUGAUCGCACGACUCGGCGCCCGCCCGCGGCAUACCUUGCUUUAUUGCACCUCACAGAUGUUGCAUUUUUAACGAAUUGAAGGCAAGACCCUCGACCAGGAAAAAAGAUUGCAACUUGCUUUAUUGCGGUGGUCUGGAACCAAACUUGCAGUAUAUCUGAGGAUAGAGGGAGGAAUCAACAGCUUGGAAAUUCAGCCAAGUGAUCUGGCGGGAUGGGCAUUUGCCUGACAUAUUUCAUAAAGGAAUUGGAUGGCAUAAAUGAUUAAGGUGAUAUUGAGAUUAAGGGUCACUGAAGCCUAUAAAAGGUAGAAACUCAAUCAUGAUUUCUUUUCCAACUCUACAGCAUUCCCUUCCUUGAAGUCUUCAUUUUUACCAUAGUCUCAGGCAGUUAUACUUAAGCAUGAACAUUGACGACAAACUGGAAGGAUUGUUUCUUAAAUGUGGCGGCAUAGACGAAAUGCAGUCUUCCAGGGCAAUGGUUGUAAUGGGUGGAGUGUCUGGCCAGUCCACUGUGUCUGGGGACCUGCAGGAGUCGGUACUUCAGGAUCGAAGUAUGCCCCACCAGGAGAUCCUUGCUGCAGAUGAAGUGUUACAAGAAAGUGAGAUGAGACAACAGGAUAUGAUAUCACAUGACGAACUCAUGGUCCAUGAGGAGACCGUGAAGAAUGAUGAGGAGCAGAUGGAAACACAUGAAAGACUCCCUCAAGGACUACCGUAUGCACUUAAUGUCCCUAUAAGUGUAAAGCAGGAAAUCACUUUUACUGAUGUAUCUGAGCAACUGAUGAGAGACAAAAAACAAAUCAGAGAACCAGUAGAUUUACAGAAAAAGAAGAAACGGAAACAACGUUCUCCUGCAAAAAUUCUUACAAUAAAUGAGGAUGGAUCACUUGGUUUGAAAACCCCUAAAUCUCAUGUUUGUGAGCACUGCAAUGCUGCCUUUAGAACGAACUAUCACUUACAGAGACAUGUCUUCAUUCAUACAGGCGAAAAACCAUUUCAAUGUAGUCAAUGUGACAUGCGUUUCAUACAGAAGUACCUGCUACAGAGACAUGAGAAGAUUCAUACUGGUGAAAAACCAUUUCGCUGUGAUGAAUGUGGUAUGAGAUUCAUACAGAAAUAUCAUAUGGAAAGGCAUAAGAGAACUCAUAGUGGAGAAAAACCUUACCAGUGUGAAUACUGUUUACAGUAUUUUUCUAGAACAGAUCGUGUAUUGAAACAUAAACGUAUGUGCCAUGAAAAUCAUGACAAAAAACUGAACAGAUGUGCCAUCAAAGGUGGCCUUCUGACAUCUGAGGAAGAUUCUGGCUUUUCUACAUCACCAAAAGAUAAUUCACUGCCAAAAAAGAAAAGGCAGAAAACUGAGAAAAAAUCAUCUGGGAUGGACAAAGAGAGUGCUUUGGACAAAUCUGAUCUGAAGAAAGACAAAAAUGAUUAUUUGCCUCUUUAUUCUUCAAGUACUAAAGUAAAAGAUGAGUAUAUGGUAGCAGAGUAUGCUGUUGAAAUGCCACAUUCUUCGGUUGGGGGAUCACAUUUAGAAGAUGCAUCAGGAGAAAUACAUCCUCCUAAGUUGGUUCUCAAGAAAAUUAACAGUAAGAGAAGUCUGAAACAGCCACUGGAACAAAAUCAAACAAUUUCACCUUUAUCCACAUACGAAGAGAGCAAAGUUUCAAAGUAUGCUUUUGAACUCGUGGAUAAACAAGCUUUACUGGACUCAGAGGGCAAUGCUGACAUUGAUCAGGUUGAUAAUUUGCAGGAGGGUCCCAGCAAACCUGUGCAUAGCAGUACUAAUUAUGAUGACGCCAUGCAGUUUUUGAAGAAGAAGCGGUAUCUUCAAGCAGCGAGUAACAACAGUAGGGAGUAUGCGCUGAACGUGGGUACCAUAGCCUCUCAGCCUUCUGUAACACAAGCAGCUGUGGCAAGUGUCAUUGAUGAAAGUGCCACAGCAUCCAUAUUAGACUCACAGGCACUGAAUGUGGAGAUUAAGAGUAAUCAUGACAAAAAUGUUAUUCCAGAUGAAGUACUGCAGACUCUGUUGGAUCAUUAUUCUCAUAAAGCUAAUGGACAGCACGAGAUAUCAUUCAGUGUUGCAGACACAGAGGUGACGUCUAGCAUAUCAAUAAAUUCUUCUGAAGUACCUGAGGUGACCCAGUCAGAGAAUGUUGGAUCAAGCUCCCAAGCAUCCUCAUCAGAUAAAGCCAACAUGUUGCAGGAAUACUCAAAGUUUCUGCAGCAGGCUUUGGACAGAACUAGCCAAAAUGAUGCCUAUUUGAAUAGCCCGAGCCUUAACUUUGUGACUGAUAACCAGACCCUUCCGAGUCAGCCAGCAUUCUCUUCCAUAGACAAGCAAGUCUAUGCAGCCAUGCCCAUCAACAGCUUUCGAUCAGGAAUGAAUUCUCCACUAAGAACAACUCCAGAUAAGUCCCACUUUGGACUAAUAGUUGGUGAUUCACAGCACUCAUUUCCCUUUUCAGGUGAUGAGACAAACCAUGCUUCUGCCACAUCAACACAGGACUUUUUGGAUCAAGUGACUUCUCAGAAGAAAGCUGAGGCUCAGCCUGUCCACCAAGCUUACCAAAUGAGCUCCUUUGAACAGCCCUUUCGUGCUCCUUAUCACGGAUCAAGAGCUGGAAUAGCUACUCAAUUUAGCACUGCCAAUGGACAGGUGAACCUUCGGGGACCAGGGACAAGUGCUGAAUUUCCAGAAUUUCCCUUGGUGAAUGUAAAUGAUAAUAGAGCUGGGAUGACAUCUUCACCUGAUGCCACAACUGGCCAGACUUUUGGCUAAAAAAAAAAAAAAACGUGUAAAUAAUACUGGCACUUUAGAACAGAUUAAUCGAGAGCGGGGUUACUCUGUGUAAAAUGGAGUGCUGUACAGAUUUAAGAGCAGUGAGAUAUAACAAGUUAAGCUGAUAUGAAUAGCAAGAUAAUCCAAUAACUGCAUUUUGUUUGGUUAGUCAGCAUUCUUUGAACUGCCUUACAUGUUGUCACCUUUAUAGAAGCAAUGCAUUACUUGUUUUAGAUCAGAAACUUGCUAUUCCGCCUACACCACAUUUAAAAGGAAAAAAAAAAAAGACUUUCUUUCGCACAAUUGUUUCCUAACUGAUAACAUUGUACAUUCUUAGGAAUUUAGUAAUUGUGUGAAAUUUACUCAUACUGUUUCUUAAGUUUUUCAGCAUAGUCAUGCACUUCAGCAGGGGAAUCUGAUUAUACUUUACAGAGUGAAUUUAAAAGUUUAAAUGUCAAGAGAUUAUGGCUUAAAUAAAUUAGUGUGUCCUGUGGGGGGGAAAGAAACCAAGAAACCACCCUUUUAAAAAGAAUGAUAUGCCAUAUACCCUUGAUUUUCAUUUUGCAUUAUAUUGACUUUUUUAAAGAAAAAGUAAUAAAAAUCUGAUAGUCUAAGACUCCACUAUUUAAAAGCCUAAUUACUUUAAAAAUAUGCAUACUUUCUAAAGUUUUACCAAAAUCUAUAACUGUUAAAGCAUUCACUUCUAUGGAAGUAUGCAUAUUGGUGUCAGUUCCUUUGUACAGUUGUACCUAGAUAUUUUUUAAGAUUUUUCAUGUGCAGGUAUCAAAAUUUUGAAGUUUUAGUAAGAAGAUAUUCUGUAGAUUACAUUCCCAAGAACAUAAUGCUUAUACAAAUGUAUAUUCCACGUUUUAAAGCUUAAUUGUAUUUUACUUUACAUAUACACUUCAGUUAACAUAGAGCACUUAGAAUCUACUUGGUAUUUUUGAUUUCUCAAAGUUAAAAAAAGAUUUAGAUUUUUAGGUUUGAUAUGGUUGUGUCAUAAUCAUCUCAUAAUUGACAACUUUAAUUUUUGGCAAUAAAAAAAUUGGGUUAUCUUUGGAACUGUAAAAUCUGGCUUAAUCCUUUUCUUUCUAGACUCUUGAUAGAUUGGAUAAUUAAACAGUAUCCAGAGAAACUAAAGAAAUGGGCAUUUUAAUUGCUUAUUUUAUCUUGAGUUACUUUUUAAUGAAGACUGCUCAUUACAAUUUCACAGUCCAAAAGUGUUUCCUAAUUCUAGUAACUACAAUUUUUUUUUUCAGCUAGAUGAGUGAUCGGAAACUUUUUGUUGCAUUUCAAAAUCUAAAUAAACUGCAGACUUUAUCCUUAUAUCAUGAAUGUUUUUUUUAAUACUUUGUCCUUAAAACAAUACAGCAUGGUACAAAAAUAGUGCUUAUAUAUAUAUAUAUAUAUACAUACAUACAUACUUUUCUGGAGAAUGAUGGUUUGAGUUAUACAUUGGACAAUUUUAAUUUUUGGAAAAAUAACAUUAGUUUUAUUGAUGUUUAUUAUCCUUUUGUUCCAGUGUUUCAUUUUUGUCGUUUUCUCAUCUAUAAUGCACACACUGAUAUAAUACCAGUGAUGAUCUAAAAUUAAUACCCUUGGAAAGUGAAAAUUUAUUGUUGUUAAUUUCCACUUUAACUUUUAUAUUGGCCCUAUAGGUCUGUAGUCUUUUGUUUCAGGAUAGAAUGUUAUACAUUUAAGUUAUUUUUUCUGUUAUUUAAUGUUAUCCCAACAGUGUUCUCAUAAAGAAAGGGAACAAAGAAAUAACCACCCUAAACAUCUUUUACAGUUAUUUUGAAUAUAUUGGUGUUUUUAUGGUAAGGAGUAUAAAUUAUCUUUAAUGUGGUUUUCUCUACAUAUUGGUUAUUAAGCUUUGCUUGAAAUACUCAUUUCUCCAUCUGACAGCUUUCUUCGCUGCCAAAUUUUUCAAGAAUUUUAGACGUCUUUGAAGUAGAUACUUAAGGUCUGCCAUUAUUGACUCUUAAGAGUGGCGUGUGUUGAGUUGCAGCUCACCGUUGCACGGAGCUUCAUUCAGGUGAGAUGUGAAAAUGGAACUGUGCUUGCCCUAGAUGGGCGUUUAGAUUUUUCUCAUUCUACUAUUUGAUGAAAGUAGGUGUUUAUUUCCUGAAUUGGUAUUUUUUGAGCCGUAUCAAAAUUUUUGUUCUAUUGAGAACUUGAUGUAGUUCUCGGUACAGUAUAAAGUUUUUUGUUUGUUUUAACAGCAGCAGCACAGUUUUUAGCAUGUAACUCUACGGCUGAGCAGUUAGGAAAAAGCUAAGGAAGGAAGUCCUCUGAAAAGGGUAGUUAAGCAAGCAGAAUUUCAGGUGUUGCAGUCCUGUCUUCAACACAUUUCUUUAAAUUUGUAUAAUGGCAGACAUUUCUACCACGUUAUAAGCAUUUUUGAGAUAAGUGAUACUUGGCUUAACUUAUUGACUUAACCAUUUAGGUAUAGUUAAUUCUCUUACUGUGAAAUUCUAAAUGCCUACCAGAGUUACCUUGUAUUAUCAUCAUGAUAAACAUCUCAACAUUUUGGGUUUCCCAGUUUGAUUUAGAAAGUUACUUAACUUCUGUCUGGGCAUUAAUAAAGAAAGCAAGUAGCCUUUUGUGUUGCUUUAUAUCAGAAUAUGGAGGAUAUGAGAUAUCCUUUUGCAAUUUGUGUUUCUCAUUACUUUCAGUGAGCAAAUUGUACUUUUAAAUUUACACAACCUUGAACUUUCGGUCAAUGUGAAUGAGGUGCUAUUUCACUUAGGACCUACUCUCACAUUUAAACUUGUUGCACACAUUUUGUUUGGUUCAGAAUAUUUGAGUAGCUAUUAAAGUUUUUAGAUCUACUUGCAAAUUUUCUACUUGAUGCCAUAGAGAUCCAUCCUGUCAGCUCUGGCUGAGGACUGCCAGUGGUCGGGCGAUUCUCACUUUGAGGGAGCCGCUGAAGAGGCCUUGUGCUCAGGGGAGGCUUUCAUUCCCACAGGCGGGAGGAACUUGUGAAGUGCCAGCUAGGUUAGAUCUUCUGCCACUUGUUUCGUUUUAUUAAUUUGGGUUUUUAAAGGGCUGUUUAAAUUAAAAAAAAAAAAGCCGGGAAACUUUAAAGUAGGCAUUUCUAUAGUACUACAUUUCUUAGACUUAGGACAUUUUAAACUAAAACUUGUUUUUUUCACAGUAUAUUUACUUGAAGAAGCACUAUUAUAAUCAGAAACUUUUUGAUUCUGCAAUUUAAUUUAAACUCUUUUCCGUUUCAAAUUACUUUAUUUCAGGGAAAUAAUUUUCCAGUUGUUUUUGCUAUAUUCUGCAAAUAAAAACGGUAUGUUUCCUUUACUCACUUAAAAUUAGGUAGGAAACAAACUAAAGCAGACAAACAUUUCUUGUGUUUGUUGCUUUCUUUAAUCCAAUGGAUAAAAAAGUAAAACCCUGUAAACAUUAUUUUAUUUUUUUAUGCAAUACCAUGCUGUAAAUAUGGUUCAUCAGAUAAGGAUGUACCUAUGAUUGAAUCUUUAAUUCUGCACAGUUAGAGUUUAUAUAUAAACGUGUCUUGACAAUCAAGGACUUUUAUGUGAGUCUUCCUUUAUGAUGUUUAUUAAUGUUAUGCAUUCCAUUUGUUUUGAAGUGAGUACCAAUGUGCUAAUUUGUAUUGUCUGGAAGUAUGCAGUGUUUUUACAGCUUGUUUUUAAGAAUCUGUAAAUAUGUACAAACAAAUCACAGUACUGCUUUAUGUUAGAAGGCAUAUGAUGUUGUACUGUGUGUAAGCAAUAAUACACGGCAGUGCUGACUUUACCAGUAGCAUCAGGAAAGUUCUAAACAACAUUUCAGAGUUACUAAUUAUCUUUAUUUCAUUUAAUAAUGAUUAUCUUUAAUCAGUUUUUAUAAGCAAAUUCCAUUGUUCCUCCUGUUGGAACGUAACACUGUUUACACAGCAUAACUGAAGUUGCAGGGGAGACAGGCUAUAUCUGGCUUCAUCUGUCCUCACUUUCACUGAGCAUUGAAUGGCCUUACCACCUUCUGCAAGACGGAGGAAGACUGCAGAACUUAGUGCCCAUCACACGAAGGAAGGGGGUGUGUUGUUUGUUUGUUGUUUGAUUUUUCCUGCUUCUGUACUGCUACCUAAUGUUAUGGUUUGCUUUGGAUUUUAAUAUUUGUUUCUGUUUUAGAUUCAAGCCCAUAAGUUUUGAGGUGACUUCAGCUCCAUUGUGAAAUAAAUAGUUCUCUUCAUAUUUCAUAUCUACAUUUCAAUAAUUCUAAACUUUCUACUUUGAUUUUUAGAUACUUAUUUUUCAAGCUUGAUUUCUCAGCUGAUCACAUGAACUUACUCAACUUCAAUGCAAAGGAAGACAAAUUUAUUAUCGUUUGAAUUGAAUAGAUACUAUACUGUACAGAAUGGCUAUUUGAACACACACAUCACUGCUUUAGAAAUAAAACCGCCAAUUUUUAAAUGUAUAUGACCUACAUUUUAUAGGAGAAACGUUUUUAAAUGCUAGUCAUUUAUAUAAAUGUGCUUUGAAGGAUUUGCUAGUUCACUUCUGUCACUUUUUAGUACACUGGUAUCUUUUAUAUGUAAUGUAUGCUUUUUAUUAUUGUAGCAAAGCAUUUCCGUAGAAAGAAUUUUGCAACAAUAUGGGGGAAAUUUUUCAUUGUUGGAUUUGAAUUAUACUGGAUUUUAUCCGUUCAGUCUUACUUGUCUUUAUUUUAAUGCUGUCUGGAAGGGAACUUGGUAUCCAAAUAAAGCAGGUAACCUCAUUUUACUUAAAGGGCAUACUGUGUAGUGCUGAAUUUAAUCUGGAUUUUUGAAGAGAAAAACAAGUUUAUAAAAAUUGUACAGAAGAAAUUAAAUGUGUUAUGGAAA